AGACUAGAUCUAUGUUACAGUUUACAGUAAUGGUUGCAGUUAAGAAAGUUUUUUUCAGGAAGAAUAUGUCUUCUGUAUUCGUUAGAUUUAUUGGAUUAGAGGGGCGGUCCACAAUUACUGAGAACAAAAUACCAAAAUAAAUGCAGAAAGGGGAACUGGAAUGUGGCAUUCAAUCUGGGUUAAUGAAAGUGCUAUGAAAUUAACUGGCUCAAAAUGCAAAAAAUGGAGUCUAGUUUACUGUAAAACUUGUUCAGUUUGUAAUAAAACAAUGACUACAUUAACAAGAUUUCAGAAAAUCGUUGACAUCCAACGUAUCUCGUCUUUUACCUCUUUCAAUUUAAAACAAAAUAAUUAUUAUAAAUCAAAGUACCUUAUAUCCCAGUGCAGCUUUCCUUUAGAUAUAAGGCCUCUAACAAACCACACACAAUGGAAAAGCUGUCAAGAACAGAGACAUUACUUGUAUAGACCAAGUCUCAUUUCCUCCACCACAUUUUUAACUCAGAGUCUUUCAAGUCAUCCACAUCACAGUCUCAUCCAGUGUUUUCACACAUCUUCAUCCUCAUGGAAGGAAGAGUCAAAUGUUGAGAAAGCUGUAAAAGCCCUCAAAGAUAACGCCAAGGUUGCCAAAGUGGAAGACGACAAGGCUGCAGUUGCAGUUAAAAAAACCUUGUGGCAGAAGGUGGUUGCAGUAGUCAAACAUUACUACCAUGGCUUUCGAUUGUUAGCGAUUGACAUCAACAUCUGUAGCAAGUUAAUAUGGCAGUUACUGAGUGGUAAAAGUCUGACCAGGAGAGAAUAUAAUCAGUUAGUAAGAACCACUGCAGACAUGUUUCGACUUGUGCCACUGUUGGUCUUCAUUAUUGUACCUUUUGCUGAGUUUUUGCUUCCAUUUGCACUCCAUUUUUUCCCCAAUAUGUUACCUAGUACAUUUGCAGAAAAAGAUGUGAAAGUGGAGAAUGAAAAAAUUAAGAAGACAUUGAAGGCCAAAAUUGAAAUGGCUAAAUUUUUGCAAAAAACUAUUCAAGAAUCUGCAUUGGAAGCUAAAAAAUCUGAUGGACAAACAGCACAAUCAUUUGCUUCAUUCAUAGACAAGAUUAGAAAUGAAGGAGUGAAGCCUAGUACCAAGGACAUCAUGAAGUUUGCCAAACUGUUUGAAGAUGAAAUAACGUUGGAUAAUUUGACCAGACAGCAACUGAGAGCAUGUUGCAUCAUGCUCAAUGUGACUCCUAUUGGUAGUGAUGCUCUACUUAGAUUUCUACUUCAAAUGAAACUCAGAGGUCUUAAAGCCGAUGAUCUGAUGAUUCAGAAAGAGGGAAUUGAAACUCUGACUAUUAGUGAGCUACAAGCUGCCAACAGAGCUCGUGGUAUGAGAGCACUGGGUGUUUCUGAAGAGCGCUUGCGAGAACAAAUGCGUCAGUGGCUGCAGCUUCAUCUUGUGGAGAAAAUUCCUACGUCCUUACUUCUUCUGUCUCGUGCUCUUUAUCUUCCAGAAACUUUAUCUGCGGAAGAGAAAAUUGGUGCUACCCUUACUCAGCUGGCUACCACUGCUGCUGAUGAAGCUAAGAUCAAAGUUGCUGAAAUAUCUGGUGAAACAGUGGACAACAAAACUAAGAUUGAGAUUAUUAAACAUGAGGAGGCAAUCAUUGCUGCUGAGAAGGAACAAUUAGCUAAGGAGAUAAAGUCUUUGAAAGACCAGACUGAACGAGACAUGGCAGAGGCAAAAGCUGCAGACACAGCCAUGGCUUCACAGCUCAACAUGGAUGAUACAGCAAGAAAUCUUGAUAUUUCUCAACAUGAAAUGCUAAUUGAUCAUGCUGAAACCUUGAAGGCUUCUCCCAGUGAGAGCUUUAAGGGUGAAAAGGCAGAGAUCACUACCAAGGAUCUGGAUGAGAUGGAAUCUAUUUUAGAGGAGAUAGCAAAAGAAAGAAAAAUUAAUAUUGAACAAGAUGCUCUUAAAGGUCUCAAGGAUGAAGUCUCAGAGUACAAAGAGGACUUGGCAGAUCUUAAGGAUGUGGCUGUUGUGAUUGGAGCAGAUCAGAAUGAAAUAAGUGAAUCUAAAGCUGCCAAACAUUUAGCUAAAAAGGUGGAUCAGAUGAUUGCCCGUUUGGAUACUGUUGUGGAUGAGCUUCAAGAAGAAAAAACUCAUAUUCAGGAUAAAAUAUCGAAAGCUGAGAAGACCAUGGAAGAACAGCCUAUAGAGACAGCCCAACAAUCUCAAGAAAAGAUUGAUAUCUACAAGAAAAAUAUCAUUACAAUUAAUGAAAUGAUGGAUGCAUUGAAAAGAUUAAAGAAAGUCCCGAGUGAUUCUAAGCUCAGUCAUAUAUUUCAAGUGCUAGAUCAAGACAAAGAUGGUAACAUUGACAUCAAUGAUGCACUGAAGGUAUUGGAACAGCUUAGCCAGGAACACCUCAAAUUGAGUGCAACCCAGUUAGAUGAAGUCCUCAAUUUACUUAAGCAUGAAGCUAUGCUGGAGACACAAGAGAGAGUGAAAGAAAAAGAAGAGAAGGAAAAAAGGGAAUCAGAAAAACUGAAAGAGCAGAUCUAAGCAUUAGGCUCAAAUAGUUCUUAUAUUGAGAAACCUCUAACCUUACCUAGCUCGUUAAUCAAGGCAAUUGUAACCAAAUCAAUGAAAAAACAAUAGUAGAUUAUUAACUGUGUUCUGUUAAAUACAAUUAAAUAGGAAUUUUGUUAGUUUAAAUCCAAUUUAAUCAGGUGUAGGGUUUGUUUUGCUUGUAAAAUGAAAGAAUUAAGUAAAAUGAAAGAAUUAAACUAAAUGUUUAUCAGUGAAUCAAUACAUGCAUAUAUCAGGGGAUAUUUAUUUGUAUAUUUAUCAAUUAUAUUGCAAGUGUGAACAUGGCAUUGUAAAUUGGAUUUGACAUAGUUUUGUUUUAUUAGAUCUCAUGAGUGUAAGAUCUGUUCUAUACUUUAAACUACACUAGAUUUAGUUGUAUUGUGUUAGUUGGCAAUACUCUUUCUCAUAAUUGUAUGUACUUUGUACAUGUUUGACUCGUUUAUUGAUACUCACUAAUGUUUAAACAUUGUAAACUAACAAACUUUUUGAGAUACAAUGUUAUUUACAAUUUGAUAAGUCAGCAUUUGGCUGUUUUCUAGUGACUGAACCCCAAUCUCUGUUUUAAUGAAGCCUUUUUAUAAUCUUGGAUCUUUAUUUGUGUGAGGUGAAUAGUUACUUUGGAUUGCUUAUUACGUUUGGAUUAGGCAGCCAUUGUUACGAUGGAAAAUUGACAAUUUUAAAAAAUGUGAAUCAUCCUAUUAAAAAAAAUAAGGACAUAACUGGGUAGAAACUUUUACUCUUGUAUUAUUAGAUUAAAAAAAACUUUGAUGCUUGUUUAAAUUAUGUUUGUUUAAAAGCUAUAAAGACAGGUCUAAAUUAUUUCUAUAAAUCUUACACAGUACUAAAGACGACAUUUUUCAGUCUAUUAUUUUAAACUUAUUAAAAUCUCAUGAUUACAAUU